AUGAGUGAAUCUAAUAACAUCAAGGUCUCAGUCAGAGUACGGCCCCUCUUACCACGAGAGAAGGAAGCAUCUGAACAUCCAAAAUGUCUUAUUUCAAUGCCCAACCCCACCAAGACUGUGCUUCAAUUACCAAAACCAUUAGGCGUCGAUACGGGAAGGGGCCUUACCGAAGACGACAAAUCCAGGACAUAUUUGUUUGAUGAGUGUAUAUGGUCAUUUGAUCAGUCUGAUUCAAAUUAUACCGAUAACAAGAAAUAUUACCAACAAACUGGUCCGGACUUGUUAUCCCACUUGUUUGAAGGGUAUAAUGUAUGCUUGUUAGCCUAUGGGCAGACAAGUUCAGGAAAGACAUACACUAUGAUGGGAAACCGAACCGAACCAGGUAUAAUCCCUUUGCUUAUCAAAGAUAUUUUAAAACAGAUGGAGAUUUGCGUGAAUGAAAAGAUUAAUUGUGAAUUGAGAUUUUCAUAUAUGGAAAUAUACAACGAACAAGUUCGAGACUUACUUGGCGACAACAAUUCGCAAAAGUGUAAAGUCAGGGAACAUCCGCAAACUGGUCCCUAUGUGGAGAAUGUCCAGGAACAUUUGGUGAGAGAUUAUAGUCAUUUCUUGAGUUUGCUCAACAAGGGGAACCAUUCGCGAUCAACGGCUACUACGUCGAUGAAUGACAAAAGUUCAAGAUCUCAUGCUAUAAUUACACUCACAUUGAAACAAACUAGGUUUGAGUCACAUUCUGAGGAUGAUUUGGGUGACGCUGCUGAAGAAAUGAUAUCCAAUAUCAAACUUGUUGAUCUUGCAGGGUCAGAAAGGUUAGGUAAGACGAAAUUAUACGGACAACAAGAGAGAAUAAAGGAAGGAACUUUGAUUAACAAGUCGUUGACUGUUUUGGGAAGGUGCAUUGGAUUAUUGGCAGGAAAGGAUACGAGCAAAAGUGGAACUGUAGUUGUUCCAUAUAGAGAGUCGAUUUUGACGUAUAUCCUUAAGGAGAAUUUGUCAGGGAACUCUAAAACAUGUAUGAUAUUUUGUGUAUCGCCGGUUGAUUUUGAAGAAACCCAUCAAACAUUAAACUACGCUAACGAAGUUAAGAAGAUAAAGACUAGUGCUAGGGCCAACAAGACGAAACUUAGUAAGGCCCCUGUAAACUGGGAGGAAUUACAGAAAUCUGAUCAAACAGUUAUUGACUCUUUGAAGAAGGAAAUCGAAGUGCUUACUGAGAAGUUAUCGCGUAUAGAAGUAAGUUCAAAGGCCGAGACUCAAGAGCCAACCCAAUUUGACAAGAUUAUUGAGUUUUUGGAAAAGGAAUCUGCGAGAGCUAAGUUUGAAAACAAGUACUUGAAACAGCUUAUGAAGGAAAAGAAUAGUCAUAUUGAGGAGUUGAAUAGACAUAUCGACUAUAUUGAAAAUGAGUACGAAACGCUAUUUAUCGAAUCUCAAUUGGCACAAAGAGUACACUUGCAACAAAUCAAGCAGGAGCUACUUGAUGCCACCUAUAGUCUGCAACAAAAGAUGGAGCUUGACAUGAGGGAAUACGAUCCUUGUUUGUUAUUUUAA